GGUCAACUGUAAGUUUGAAAAAAAUAAUUAAAAAAUGAUGACAAAUAGAGGAUAAUUACUACUCCAGAGGAAUACAUUUAACUCUUUCCAAUGCAAACAGCUAAAUUAGUUGUUACAUGCAAGAAACAAGUCAAAGAAAGACCUAUGAAUUAGACAAAAAGUUUUAAAAGGACAUGUUAGCAUAGAGGAAAUUAAUUAAUUACUAAUUAAUCAGAAUAAACAUUUUUUAACAAAGGAGAUGAACUGUGAAGAGUUAAAGGUUUUAGUCAGUCAGCGGACUUUUUGGACUGUUUGAUCUGGUCUAUUUGUUCAAGAGAAGCACACAUCAAAGUUCAGUUUUGAAUUCUUCGUCCUACAAACAAAAUCAGCACAGAACUUCCCACCAGUCACAGUAAAGGAUGUGGGUGUUCACCGUCAUUUCUGUGGUGUGUCUGCUGGCCAGUCCGUCCCUGGCCGGCAUUAAAGAGCUCAGUUCCCACUUCAAUGACCCAAAUCCAAACCCUAGGGGCUUAGAGCCAGGUAGUCCAGUGGAUGUCGAGGCCAUUCCUUUGGACUUCCACAAAGAAAACACCAUCACCAAUGACCUCGUUUUUGAUGGCUUUGAGGAUGAAGAUUAUAUUGACUUUGAUAAGAUCCUGGCCGCAGGGAGUGAUGAUUACAUUGAGGGGGAUGAGAUUGACGAGAUAGCCACACCGGCCCCAGACAUUGAUGUUUUUGCCGAGUCAUCCGACCCGAAGAUUCGCCGAGCCAGACUUCUACGGCUCUUCCAUGGUCAUUCUCGCCUUCAGCGCCUCAACAUGGUGAACGCCCGCUUUGGCUUUAAUCUCUACAGAAGUAUCCGUAACGACGUCAACCAGACUGACAACAUCCUGCUGGCACCUGCUGGGAUCUCCAUCGCCAUGGGGAUGAUGUCUUUAGGUGCUGGAUCUGAAACUCACCAGCAGAUCUACAAAGCCUUGGGAUUCGCAGAGUUUGUCAAUGCUAGUCAUCACUACGACAACACAACAGUCCAUAAGCUGUUCAGGAAGUUGACGCACAGGCUUUUCAGGAGGAACUUUGGCUACACGCUCCGGUCUGUCAAUGACGUCUACCUUAAAAAAAAUGUGUCAGUAAAAGAAACCUUCCGCACCGAAACGAAGGCCUAUUAUUUUGCCGAGCCACAGUCAGUAGACUUCAGAGAGCCAGCAUUCCUGAAGAAGGCCAACCACCGCAUUGAAAAACUAACCAAAGGGUUGAUCAAGGAGCCGCUGAAGAGUGUGGAUCCAAAUAUGGUGCUGAUGCUACUUAACUACCUGUACUUCAAAGGGACGUGGGAGCAGAAAUUCCCGAAAGAAAUGACUUACUACCGAAACUUUAGAGUUAAUGACAAAACAAACGUACGCGUGCCGAUGAUGAUGAACAAGGGGAACUACCUGGCUGCUGCCGACCAUGAGCUGGAGUGUGACAUCCUGCAGCUUCCAUACACAGGAAACAUCAGCAUGCUCAUUGCUUUGCCAAGAAAGAUCACUGGCAUGAGGACGCUGGAGCAGCAGAUUUCACCAACUGUUGUCAACAAGUGGCUCAAGAACAUGACAAACAGGACUCGUGAAGUCUCGUUACCUCGCUUCAAACUGGAGCAAAACUAUGACCUGAUUGAAAAUCUGAAGGAGAUGGGACUCACUGACAUUUUCAAGGAGAGUGGAGAUUUCAGUGGAAUGACUUCAGAAAAAGUUGCCUUGAACUGGCUGAAGCACCAGGGAACCAUCACUGUGAAUGAGGAGGGAACAGAAGCUGCUGCCCUAACUCAAGUGGGGUUCAUGCCGCUCUCCUCUCAGAUUCGGUUCACAGUGGAUCAUCCGUUCCUGUUCCUGAUCUACGAGCACCGCACAGACUGCCUUGUGUUCAUUGGCCGGGUGGUAAACCCCUCACAGAGCUGAUCAUCUGAACAAUUUGAAACAACUUCUCAGGAGUCUCUUUUCUUUUUUUAAAACAAUUUAAACUCAGAAUGGACACUCAAACUUCUUCAAAUUGCUCAAAGUACGAAGUCUGUUUAAUUGGCUCACUGAACGCUUGUUAUCUGUCUGUUAAUGUUUUAUAAUUUACAAGGUGGGUGGAGAAGUGUGCAGACAUUAUUAUGUCACUGUAGAUACUCUAAUGCUGUACCAGGGUGAUUUCAAAGAAAAUGUAACAACACCACAGCUGGCGAGAUAAUAAAAUACAUAAAACCAAA